AUGCCUUUACUGAGCUCAUUCUUGCUCAUUGAAUCGGCCGCUGCCGCCUUACUCGCCAUCUCCGCCCUUCUCAUCACCUCUCCUACCAGAGUCCUUUCCUCAACAACCCUCUCUUUAUUGGGCAGUUCGAUGCACAUCCGAACCGCAACAUUCAUCCCAGAUCCUGUCCUGCCACGUUCAGACGGGUCUACCAGCCACUCUUCAAACCCAUUGACGUCCCUGACACGUCCACUGAGAACGACACUCACCAUCUCUGAGCGGGAGAUCAUCUCCUUGCUAGGCCUUGUCAUAGCCGCAACAGCUUUCAGCACCAUCAUUCUAGCCUUUCCGUUGCGCUUUUCGAGAGCGGGCUUGACAGCACGCACGACCGACGAUGCCAAGGUUGUACCCAAGCUCAACCUGACUCAGACGACUUGGCAGGUCUUUGCUGGGAUGCAUGUGAUCUUCGCAUCGCUGCUCGUUGCAUGGAUGUACGUUUUCCGUAGCCAGAGAGGCAUCGAUAGAGUUCCACUAUUGACGCAAGAUGUUGAUGCAGCGAGCCUGCUCGUGAAUAACAUCACUUUUACAAUAGGGAUGGUGGACAUGCUGUUCUGGGGCUAUUUGUACACGACUAUCAAAGAGGAAAGAAGAGUGGUGCUGAGUGUUAUGGAGAGGAGGAGAUCAGAAGAUGAGGAAGAUGACGCGAACAAGGCUAUGUAG